AUGUCCGAUCGAUCAGAUCACUGGAAAAUUGUUUUGAUUGUCGUGCCAAUCGUUGCGACAGGUACAGCGACUGCAUUUUAUCUGUUGCGAAUUUACUCCCGCAUCAAGGUCCUCCAUGGAUUGCGGGCUGAAGACAUAUUGAUGGGAGCGGGUCUCAUUUGCACCUAUGGUGUAGCGAGCUGCAUAGUAUAUUCCGCCUUCCAUGUAACCUGGAUUGGAGGCAGUAUUUGGAGUUUACCAGCAGAGGAGCGCCUGGACAUCACACUAAGCAACUGGAUCUUGACCAAAUUCUGGCCACCCGCCCAGGUUUUCGUCAAGGUGUCCAUUGUUAUCUUGCUUCGCAGGCUCCUCGGCGCCGUCACUUGGUUCCGACGAGCUGCUACUGGCGUUAUUGUAUUUGUAGUUGCAUGGGGAAUUACCGGACUUAUUGGAAACAUCUUUCAAUGCUGGCCUGUUCAGUAUUUCUGGAUCAAGAACAUUGAGGGCCAUUGUAUGGCAGGGCAAACAACGUUCUUCAUCAUCAUCGGCAGUUUAUCGACCGUGGAAAACGUCGUCAUUGUUCUAUUACCCCUUCCAGUGGUCUGGAGGCUUCAAAUGCCUCUCCAAGAGAAGAUCGAACUGACAUUUCUGUUUACAGUGGGUUUCAUAGUUUGUGUCUUUAGUGUAUUGCGUAUAAUCCAGCUUAAGAACUAUCACACUGAUGAUCUCACCUAUGGCAGCGCACUGUCUCUUGUCUUCGCAAUUCUUGAAUUGAACACGGCUAUAAUUUGCGCUAGCGGCCGCGCUAGCGCCCCCACCAAACAACUCUCGCAUCUUCUUCUCGUCUGCGCCAUCUUCUUGUUUUGCGACCAUAUUUCGGCCUUUCGUCACAAGGGUGACUUUUUAACCAUGGCCUUGACAGGCGCGGGGGGUGGCGCUGCCUACCGGCCGCGCGAAUACCAGCUGGAGAUGCUUGACGCUAGCCGCAAAGAGAACAUCAUUAUCGCGAUGGAUACCGGCAGUGGCAAAACUCAUAUUGCCGUUCUGCGCAUGCUCAUCGAGCUUGAAACCUGCCCUCCAGACAAGAUGAUUUGGUUUCUUGUGCCGACAGUGGCUUUGGCUUUGCAACAGCAUGACGUUAUCAGUCGGCAAAUUCCAUCUGUCAAGACCAAAGUUUUGACUGGCUUGGACAAUGUUGAGUUGUGGACAGAGCAGUCUAUUUGGAAUGAGGUACUCCAGGAUGUUCGAGUGGCUGUCGCAACCCAUGCCAUUCUUUCAGAUGCUCUUACCCAUGGCUUUGUUAAAAUGUCUCAGAUUGCCCUCCUUGUCUUCGACGAAGCGCACCAUUGCAUGAGACGUCAUCCAGCAAACAAGAUCAUGCAGAAUCACUAUCAUCCAAUGUUGAAGAACUCGGGACCUGCUGCUGUACCUCAAAUCUUGGGACUAACUGCCAGUCCAAUCGUUCGGUCGGAUCCAAAAGAGCUUGAAACGAUCGAAGCCAACUUGAACGCAGUUUGCAAGACUCCAAAAGUCCAUCGUUCCGAAUUGUUGGAAAAUACCCACCAUCCUCAGCUAGAGCGUAUUGAUUACUAUCCGUGCAUUGAAGAUAACUACGGCCACGGUAGCCGAUUUAUUCGACCUCUGCUCGAAUGCUAUCUGUCCUACAACAUACAAGAAGACCCUUACAUCGAGGCGCUCCGCGAAGAAGGAAAAACAUUGGAAUUACAAAAGGUUCUAGAGUCAGGCAAGACAUACUGCAAUGAGCAGCUGAGGAAGUUCGUGGAAGCCAGCCGCCACAUCUACGAAGAGUUGGGUGGCGCGGCAGUGGAUUACUACAUAGGUGCUUCCAUUGACCACUUCCGAAAUGCAAUCAACGACUCUAGCACACUGGUAGAUUGCAGCCAGUUGGAGAAGGUACACCUUUUGGAAUUGCUGGAUGGAAUGCCUCUCAGAGACACGAGCAUUCAUGAAGCCAACCAAUCGUCCCAUAAACUGGAGAAAGUGAUUGAGUUUUUGGUAAAAGUGGACCAACCUGAAUUCUCCGGUUUGAUUUUUGUCAAACGGAGAGCAACUGUUAGUGUGUUGGCCCGUAUGCUGUCCAUACUUCCAGCAACGCAGAAUCGCUUUCAGUGUGCUGCGUAUGUCGGGUGGUCUACAAACAGACACCGCAAAGAAUCUCUCGGCGACUUACUCCAUCGAGAUAUGCAACGAGACACUCUUGAUGAGUUCAAGGCAGGACGAAAGAACCUGAUUGUCACGACCGAUGUUCUCGAAGAAGGGAUAGACAUGAGUUCCUGCAGCUUGGUCAUUUGUUUUGACAAGCCCGGCAACGUGAAGUCGUUUGUGCAGCGGAGGGGUCGUGCUCGGCAUCAGAAAUCAACAUACGCUAUGAUGAUCUCGAUGGACGACAUGGCAUUGGAUUUACCAAAGUGGGUUGAGUUGGAGCAAGCAAUGAUUCAGGCAUACCAGGAUGAUCAGAGGUUGCGCAGAGAAGCUUUGCAACUGGAAAAUAUCGACGAAACAGUCUCUGAAAGACUUUUCAUCGAGAAAACACAUGCCGUAUUGACGGCCAACGAAGCAAUCCAGCAUUUGCACCAUUUCUGCUCCGUCCUGCCAGUCGAUGAGUCUGAAGCGAGCUACGGUCACUCUCCCAAGCUCUGUUCACCCCGCCGUGAGGCGAGCCCAGGAAGGAAGUGGUGGCUUACAGAGCGCGCAGCCCGAAAAGAGACUGCAUUCCACGCUUAUCGAGCUCUAUAUGAGUAUGGAUUGGUCAACGACAACCUUCUGCCACUGACCAGAAAGGCAGUACUCAGGUUCGCCGAUAAAGAGACUCUGCCCUCCAUGGUGGACGCUUUGGAACAAUAUGACCCGCUCGUCGACAUUGCACACGGGUGGACUUCAGGUCAGCUUUACGAGACACGCCUGCGUGUGGACCGUGAUGGCUCUGUAGAUCCAAAUCUAGCAAUCUCCAUGAUUUUGCCGUUCCCGAUGCCGAUGCCAAGUCCCAUCACUCUUUACUUGGAGGUUGAUACUACUUUAUUCCUAUCGUUUGAUCAACCGGUGUCAGUGGUCGAUGCCUCAGCACAAACGCUGAAUGAAAUGAGAAAGACAACCGCGCUCUACCUUCAAGCGCCUAGCUCGCGGGAGCGGGGACCAGAGCGAGACUUUGUCGUCCUCUUCGCUCCUAGCGUCCCAUGCCAACAAUUGCAGGAAUGGCUAAAUCGCCAUGAUGGAAGAGAGUCAUCCUUGGACCUCUAUCACCAAGGCAAUGUACCUUCAGGCAUCAUUCGCGAUCACGGAAAAUUCACCGAGCCACGCACAUUUGUCAGAUGGAUAGUCCCCGGUCAGAUAACCAAAUCAACCCCGGUCGAGGUGGAAUGUCGGCCACUUCCCAGGCGUCGUAAUUUACUCCAGAUGCGCGCCGUCAAUAUGGACGAUGGAGAUGCAGAUUCAGUGAAAAGGCUGUACACCAUGCCUGCAUCCGCUGUUACCGUUGACAAGCUGCCUCUCAGCCAGGCAAUCUUCGGCCUUUUUAUCUCUGCCAUCCUCGACCGUUUCCAGGCAUCAUUAGUAGCCCAUCGACUGAACGACACCAUUCUUAAGGGUGUAGGAAUCAGAGACAUCAGCCAUGUCAUCACGGCAAUCAGCACGCCCAUCGCACAAGCCACAACCAAUUACCAGCGUUACGAGUUCUUCGGUGAUUCAGUCCUCAAGUUCACAGUCAGCUGCCAGCUCUUUUUCCGAAACACCAACUGGCACGAAGGGUAUCUCUCCGAGAGCCGAGACAAGCUCAUCCAAAACAGCCGCCUCGCCCGUGCAGCCCUAGACACCGGAAUCGACAUGUUCAUCCUAACAGACCGAUUCACACCACGCAGAUGGACCGCCCCAUUAAUCUCAAACAAAAAAGCCCAACCAACAACCAAACGACGCAUGUCAACAAAAGUCCUAGCAGACGUAAUCGAAUCCCUAAUCGGCGCAGCAUACAUGGACGGCGGAAUACACAAAGCCCAAGCCUGCCUCCACAGAUUCCUCCCAGAAAUAACCCUCUUCACAAGCGAAAUCUCCCCAGCAAUCGUGCCCGCCGGCAAAGGCGUCAGCAAUAUCAUAAACCAGCACCGUCUCGCGAACCUAAUCGGCUACACAUUCAAUGACCCAGCACUCCUAACCGAAGCCCUCACCCACCCAUCCUGCGAAUACGACCUCUCAACCCAAUCCUACCAACGCCUGGAAUUCCUCGGCGACGCCGUCCUCGACAUGCUCGUCAUGGCAGUCUUCCCAAACCACCCGGUAGAAAUGGACCAAGGCGCCAUGACCAUCCUCAAACACUCCGUGGUCAACGCGAACCUGCUCGCAUUCCUGUGUAUGGAUUUGGCUGUAUACGAGGAAUCUCCCAGCGUGACCCAGUUCGCAACAGAUGGGAGGUUCAGCCAUGCGCCCCGGUGCGACCAGAUCCAUCUCUACCUCUUCCUCCGUUCGCACGGUCCGAAUAUCAGAGAUGCGCGCGAGGCUUGUGUGCAGCGGUAUCACGCGCUCCGGGACCAGAUCCGUCAUGCGCUGAACCAUGCCGCCGAGUACCCGUGGGAAUUAUUCGCGCGUCUAGCGGCUGACAAGUUCUUCUCUGAUAUCAUUGAGAGUGUACUCGGCGCGAUGUUUGUUGACUCAGGUGGGAACCUAGACGUGUGCAAUUCAUUCAUUGAACGACUCGGUCUGUUGUCCUAUGUUCGGCGGGUUAUCGCCGAUGGAGUCAAUGUCGUGCAUCCGCGGAACAUUGCGCAAAGUAUCGUGAAGGGUGCGGGCACGUUGGUGUUCAAGAAGAAGAGGAUCGAGGUCAAGGGGCAGCCGGCUACCUAUCGAUGUUCGGCUAUUGUGAAUAAGGAUGAGAUUGCGCUUGUGGAGGGUUGUGCUUCGGCUGAGGAGGCUGAGGUUAAGGUUGCUCUUGAUGUGAUUGAGCGUUUGAAGGUGAAUCCUUUAGUUAAAGCGUCAUGA